AUGGCUCCGGGGCCGGCUCGGCGCGCUCGGCGCAGGCCCCGCGCCCCGCGCCCUUCGCAGGCGCGCUCGGCGGAGGACUGGUGGUGGGACCGGCUGGCGCCCAGCGGCUCCGGGUUCCAGCUGCUGCAAGCGGACAGCGUGCUGCUGGUGCUGCCCGGCUCGGAGGGAGGCCGCGGCCGCGCCCGCCGCCCGCGCGUCCGAGGGGCGCGCGCCGGGCCCAGACCCAAACUCCGAGCCCGCGCGGGGCCCGCGCCUGCUGCUUCUAUCUCUGCCCCGGACCCGGACCCGGACCCGGGCUGGGCCGAUCUCCUGCCCUUGGAGAUCCUGGUGCGGAUUUUCCAGCUGCUGGUGUCGGCAGAAGGCCCCGUGCCCUUCCUCGCCAGAGCCGCGUGCGUGUGUCGCCGCUGGCGCGAAGCCGCCUCCCAGCCCGCGCUCUGGCACACCGUCACCCUGGCGCCCCCGCUGUCCGGCCGGCCGGGCAAAGGGGGGGCCAAGGCGGAGAAGAAGCUCCUGGGCUCCCUGGAGUGGCUCAUGCCCCACCGGUUCACCCUGCUCCAGAGGCUGACACUCCUCCACUGGAAGACGCACUUGCGGCCCGUGUUGCAGCUGACCACAGAGUUCUGCCCGCGGCUCGGUUCCCUCAAGCUCUCCGACUGCCAUGGUAUCACUCCCGAUGCCUUGCUUCUGCUGGCCAGAGCCUGUCCCCAGCUUCACAGCCUGGAUGUACAACACUCCACCGUGGAGUCCACAGCCCUGGUGAGCUUCCUGGAAGAAACAGGACCCCGGAUGCGCCGGCUGGGGCUGACCUACAGCUCCCAGACGGCCACUGUGCUGGGUGCGCUCCUGGGAGGCUGCUGUCCACAGCUGCAGGUCCUGGAGCUGAGUUCUGGCAUCCCCCCCAGCAGCAUUCCACUCCAGCUGCCAGUCGAAGCCCUGCAGAAAGGCUGCCCUGGGCUGCAGGUGCUGCGGCUGCUGAACCUGGCCUGGCUGCCCAAGCCCUUGGUGAGAGCAGUCGCGCCGGGCCCUGGCUUCCCUGCCCUGGAAGAGCUCUGCCUAGCGAGCUCCACCUGCAGCUCCGUCAGCGAUGAGGUCCUGGGCCGCCUGCUUCAUGGCUCCCUGGGCCUACGCCUGCUGGAUCUCCGUGGCUGCGCCCGCAUCACUCCCGCCGGCCUGCACCGCCUCCCCUGUCUGGACCUGGAGCAGCUCCACCUGGGCCUAUACGGUAUGUCUGACCGGCUGACGCUGGCCAAAGAAGGCAGCCCCUUGCUGACCCAUAAGUGGUGCCACAGCCUGCGGGAGCUGGAUGUGAGUGGCCAGGGCUUCAGCGAGAAGGACUUGGAACAGGCCUUCGCCGCCUUCUCAGACCCCACCAGCGUGGGCCCCCAGCCGGCCUUGUGUUACCUCAACCUCAGAGGCACCCGCGUCAACCCCAGCACAGUCAGCUCUGUGAUCAGGAGCUGCCGGGACCUGCGUUACCUCAACCUGGAGUCGUGCCGCUGCCUGCCCCGGGGCCUGAAGCGGGUGUAUCAGGCCCCUGAAGCCGUACAGUGGUGCCUGGAGCAGCUGCUCACCAGUCCCCAGGUCCCCAGCUAGGUGCUGCCCACCCUGUUACCCUGACAUUUGGAAUGCCGGAGCAUUUUUGUUACAAUAAAUCCUAUUUUAGCA